CAUGAGGCUGGAAUCAAACCGGGGUCCCUGGUGGUGGGAGAUUCUAAAGGAAUGUUGCACUGUUGGAAGUGCCACCCUUCAAACAAGAAGUUAUGAAGAAGUGUUACACUAGUGAAAGUGCCAUUUUUCAGAUAAUAGGUUCUGAGGGAGUGCUGUACUACGAGAGAUGCCAUAUUUCAGUUCAGAAGUUAAAUUGAAGUUUUAUUGGUUAUCUGGGAUGGAUGUUAAAGAGUUCUGGACACUUUUAAAAGAAAAGCAGAGUGACUCUCCCGGUAACCCUCAAAGCUAUUUCUCUAAAAUCUGGUCAGAUCACAUUGCUAUAGCGGGACAUUAGCUUGAUUUGAUUUAUUAUUGUCACUUGUAUCUAAGCACACUGAUUUUUUUAAUUUUAUGUACAGUUCAGGCAGAUCAUACCAUACAAGUUAAUACAGAUCAUAGAGUGAUUGAACAGAAUGAGGCAUGCAAAGUUAUGGCUGCACUGAAGGUGUACAAAAAGCAAGAUCAACAUUUGAUUUGAAAGUCGAGAGGUUCAUUCAGCUGUCGAAUAACAGUGGGGAAGAAGCUGUACUUAAACCCGUUGAUAUAUGUGUUUAAGCUUUUGUAUCUUCUGCCUUUUGGGAGAGGUUAGAGGAUAUACCCAGGGUGGAAGGGGUCUUUGAUUGUGUUGGCUGCUUUUCCGCAGAAACAGAAGUGUAGAUGGAGUCACUAGAUGGGAGGUUGGUUUGCAUGAUGGUCUGGGCUUGUUCACAACUUUCUAUAGUUUCUAGAUUCCUGGACACAACAGUUUCCAUACCAAGCCAUGAGGCAUCCAGAUAGGAUGUUUUCUAUGGUGCACCUAUAAAAGUUAGUGACGGACAUGCCAAAUUUCCAUAGCUUCUGAGGAAGAAGAUACAUUGUUGAGCCUUCUUACCCUUCACAUCAACAUGGGUGGUUCAGGACAGAUUGUUGAUUGUAGUCACUUUUGGGAACUCACUCUGGACGAUCUCCACCUCAGUUCCAUUGACUUUUGGGGUCUAUCCUCUUCUUUGCUUCCUGAAGUCGAUGAUCAGCUCUUUAGUCUUGCUGAUAUUGAGGUUGAGAUUUUUAUCUUUGCACCAAGUUUAUGGACUUAACCACAGAUUUUCCGACAGUACAGCGUGCCAUAUAGAAACUAGGAGCAGUAGGCCUUUAGCGCCUUUGAGUGUGUUCUACUUUUCUUCAUGAUCAUGGUUGAUCCUAUAUCUCAGACAUAUUCCUUUUCUCUAUAUCCCACACUCCACAUUUCAAAAAUUUACAAUUGAUUGUUAAACGUGCUGAGAUCAGGGAAAGGCACAGUAAAUUGCAAACUUUAUUUUAUUAACUAUGUGAUUGUAUUGCUGCGAUUGUUAAAAUCUUUCUGGAUUUGUUCAUGGUUUUAGAAUCCCAGCGGGGUUAUGGUUUAAAUUGUGCAAAUUGUGUUUAAAUAGUGACUUUUAGAACUGUUUCACACCAGACGGUAUUGUUUUUCAAUUUAAACACUUACUUUAAAAAACAUACAUUUCGCAUGAUUGUUAAAAUUAUGUAUUGAGUUUCUAGUUUUCAAAGUAUUGUCGAAAUGAUGCAUCUAAUCUACGAUGAUUUUCCCUAUCAUACAACCAGUUCCUUAUUUGAUGUUAAUAUAGUUCAAUUCCAUGGUGUCUUCGUCUGGUUAGAUAAAUGUAGUCUAAUCUCCGGAUGCUUCUGACGCGUUGUGACAUUCGAAUGAUAUCUGAUUAAUCUAAAUUGAUGUCGUUUGUCAGAUCUACGUGUGCCGCACCUCUUCUUCAACAUAGAGACUAAACACCAUGUGGUCUCCUCCAACUCGAAAAUGCUUCAGUGGAACUGAUCGUUUACUGCUCGAUAUCCCUUCUACUUGGCAAUGAAAUGAGGCAGAACCAGAUUUUCGAACGGACAAUGUUUCUAUCAAUGAGAGGAGAAAGGAUCACAUCUAAUAGUUUCCCACACAGCCCGUCCCGUCUCCUCAGCAUCAUUCUCUCGACAUUACAUAUCACAGGACUGACGCUGUCAGCAUUGAUAAAUCCUGCGGGUAAAUCGCCGGUGUUCCCCAGUGAUCUCUCCAUUUUCUAAUUCUAUAGAUGCUGUGUUAAAUGAGGUGGAUAAUCCGAACAAUGGUGGAUACAUUUUAAUAUGGAUGAACCCAAGUUUACCUUCACUAAUAGUGAUGAUUUGUUUUUUAACUGUAUUUUUCUAUAAUAGUUACGAUAAGAUACACAACAAUCUUUCUCGUUGUUGUUUACAAAUUAAUUGAAAAUGAAAACAAAGGUGUACUUAUUUAUUUUCCCUGCGCUUCACUCCGUGUAUAUGGAAAGCACCAACAACGUGCGGCAUGAAAUGGUAGUAAUAGGAAAUGCGUGAGCUGUUUAGAUAGUCUGGCAGUUUUAGCUACUGAAGCAUAAUUGCACUGAUGAGAUAUAAUGUAAACUUUGAAAAAAGGCCAGCUACUCAAGGGAAGGACCUGUAAGCGCUAUAUAUUAGGUUGUUAUGCUUUGUCAUUUUAGCAAAGAUCCACUAGAUAAUGUACAUUCAUACAGAUUAUUUAGUCUGGAAUAUGAAUACGUAGAAAAGGAACAAAAGUACAAAGUUACUGACAAAAAAACACUCUCUUCACAAAUAAGUUAGUCUUUGAAUUGGCCUUCCAAUGAAUCCAGGUCAUCACUUUUGUUGGAUGUAGCUAACCAGAAAGAAUUUAGGGAGACAAAGUUCCAAAGAGUGGGCAAGGCAUUCAAAGGUUUUGCUACUACGGUGAAACGAGUAACAAGAAAGAAUGAAUAUAUUAUAGAGUGGAGGGCUGAGCACAGGUUGAAACAUCAGUCUUAAGCAAACUGUUUAUGUGAGAAGAAACUAUGCUGUGGAGGAAUGUCAAAAUGACUAUGAAGAUGUUAAAAUGAAUACACAGAUGAACAGAUAGCUAAUAGAAAUCUUAAAGACUAACAGCAAUAGUUGAACAGGAUUUAAUGUGGAAUGGGAAAUGUUUGCACCUCAAAACAAUACUACAGCACAGAAGAGAUCAUUCAGCCCAUUUUGUCUGUGCCUACUUGUUACAGCAACCCACUGCUGGCUUCCCUUUCUCACUGUGGUCAACGAUGCUUUUCUCUCAUUAAAGUUUACCCAUCUCUUCUUGAAAGAAGCAAUGGUCUCUGUCAGAAUGGCAAGCCAUUCCUAGUACAUCAGCUGUCAUGAUUUUCAUCUUGUUAGUCUUUUUUCUUGCUCAUAAUACUAAAUUGAUAAGUUCUUGUCACUCAGAUAGAUCAGAUGAACUAUUCAUUGUAUAGUAUCUAACCACAUAUUUUUAAAGACUUCUAUUGAAUCUUGUCUUAAUCUUCUUUGCUCUGGUUGAAGUAGGUUCAGAAUCUCAAGUUUCUCUUUAGAAAUAAUGUUAUUUCUUUAGUAUUUGCUGGAAUGCUCAGUGAGAUGUAAUUAUGUAGAUGGAGUUAAGAUAGCAAUAAUUAUAGCAUUACAAAAGUCAAAUGUGUACUAACAAUAUCAGAGAUCAUGGAUUCAGUGACAUUGGAGACAGAUGGGAACUAUGAGAGGAGUUGUUUUGAAAGUGGAGGUAGUACUGCUUCACAAGCUGAAGAUGGAGUGUAAACUUCAAAUAUGCUCAAACAGAACUUUGAGUUUCUUUCUUAACCAUUAAACCGAAUUGAGUAAGCAUUCAACAAAUGAUAGGAUGAGAAAUCAGUCUUGAGAAAAAUAUAUUAUACUGCCAUUCUUGUGUUAUAAGAAGUCUGGUCUUGUCCCAGAAAUAGUACAGUAGCUACAGAACUAAAUACAAUGAAAAGGUUGGGUAUUAUAUUGCAUACAUGAAAAUUGAGCCUAAAAUGUAAUGAUCAGUUUUGAGCUAAGGAAAGGCAGUUGGGUUAUAUAUGAUGAGAUGCAGUAGUGUCACCCUUGGAGAUGGAGGGUGCAUUGUCUAUUGAUGUGUUUAAGGCAAUCCACGACCAGUGGGCACUAGAGGGACUGCAUUACAUCAUCGUUAAUCAAGACAUCGUUUGAACUUGAUGUGCUAAAUUGCCUUUCAAUAUUUGUUUUAACUUAGUAAGGAUUACCCCUUAAGGAGUGGUGUUGUUUAAUUUUUUUUUUCCUUUUUAUCGUUUUUUAAUAUCCAGAAGUGCUCUUACAGAAAACUGAACGGCUCUUUCCCAUUGACAAAUCACUUGUGAUACUCUUUGUGCAUUAUCUGCAACCUGUAAAUCACCUGAAUUUUACAACUGAUUAAUUUACAUGCAAAAUCUGUUAAGACCAAAGCACAUCAUCAAACAUGCUGGACAGGUAGGGAGGGAGGGAGGUGGAAAAAUCAAAAUGGAGUUGGAGAGGGAAAAAAUGCUCUCCACAUCCCACCCUGAUGUGCCCAUUUCUCUCUAAAGGCAUCAUGAUGACCUCCUUUAAUUAAUAACACAUGCAAUUGGUAGAAUAUAAAAGAGCUAGAAAUAGGUUGGUCAAAGCAGAAAAAAAAGUCCCAUGAUAGAAAUUAUUCUUGUGAAGACUCAUGUGAAAUAAGAGCAUGUUAGAAUAAUGUCUGGUUUUACCAAUCUUGCUGAAGUUUUUUAAUUGGAAAAAUAAUCAUGGAGAAUCGCCCUAGUUUCUGAUAUGCACUCCUAAAAAGAAAGUCUGUGCACUACAAGCACUUUAGGUACGUUUUACAUUGUAUUGUAAAAUUUAAAGCUGGAUGAAGGUUGAAUUAGGAUGGUUAGGGCAAGCACAGGGGCCAGAGGAAGUUAAGGCAGCUAAAGGAAAUGCUUCCAUUUUCAACAUUAAAAAACUCAAAAGAUUUUUGCAACUGACAUAAAUUUGAAAAUGGUGGGGGCAGGGAGCUUGAAUGAGGUGCUUAAUCAUGCAAAUAUUUGUUUUAGAUCUCUUUUUUCUGUCAGCAUGAAUCCCAUUAUGAAAUGAAUGUGGGGCUAUGAUGUGUUUUUUUUUGCAAUGGCUAUGGUAUUACUCAGUGUGGAUUUCCCUUAUUUCACAGCAUUCCUACCUUUGGAUUAGAAUGUUGUGUUACAAUUCCAUUCCAGGAUUUGCAACACUUAAUUUAGGCUGAGUAUUUCAGUGCAUUACUGAAUGAGUGUCACUUUAUUGAUAGUGAUGUGAUGGUAAACCAAGGCCAUGUCCAGCUGUUCAGGUGAAUGCAAGAGAUCACAUGGCACAAUUCAACAAAAACAUCAACAAUAAAUUAAUUGGUGAUUCACUUAAUUUGAUGUUUAUAAAAAUUUCUUGUGUGAAAAAUGUUCUAUUUGUUUGCCUAAGUAAUAUUUUAAAUAUAUUUCAAUGUGGAAGAUACUAGCACAUUUGUUAAACCAUCGGAAAAUAGAAUAUCUCGAGAUGAACUAGUUAAACACCAUGGUUUUCUAAAAGGAAGGUCAUGUUUAACCAACCUUACUAAUUUACUUGAAGAAAGAUGGAAGACGAUCAAGUGGAUGCAAUGUACAUGGAUUUUCAAAGACCUUCAACAAGUGCCACAUGACAGCAGAUUAUCUGCUGGGAGAUAUCACUGAUUUGCAUGCACCAAAUACAAAACGACAUAAACUGGCUUGCAAAAUAAGUACUAAAUAGCAAAUGAAAAUCAUUACAGUGAAGUGUUCCUUAAAUCAUGGAAUUGUGGUUGAGUUUUUAAACAUUACAUUAAAGUAGUAAAUAUUGUAGGAUAUUACAUGAUUUAUCUUUAAAAAAUGAGUGAAAAACAUUGCUAAAUAUUUCAUGGAAUAAAAUGGCUUGAGGAGUCCCUGUUAAAAUAGAUUGUGCAUGGUCAAUGAACGUAACAAGCUUAAUAAGUCAAAACGUAUUUUCUUGACUUUUCUUGAGCUUUAUAUUGAUUCUAAUAUUAUGUUCUGAUGAUGUUUAAUUUCAUGUCUCCAGGAAUUUGUUGCCCCAAUAUCCAAUUCCAUAUUGUCAAAAUUAGCUGUUCUCUGUUAUCUAGUUGCAUGUUCUCUGAAUUGUUGCCUGGUAUCCACAACUUUGUCCUCAGAAUUUAACAUUUCAUGAAAAUCAUAUGUCCUUGGUGUUACAGUUCACAGUUAUUUGAUUCUAUGUCCUCAGGAUUUACUCUUCUUUAGUUUAUAUUUCUAUGCUGCCUGAAUUUACUGUCCAGUUAUCCAGUACCAUGUCCUCUGAAUUUACUGUCCAGUUAUCCAGUUCUAAGUCCUCCGAAUUUAUUGUUUACUAUUAUCUGAUCCUAUACCUUCAGAAUUUACUAUUGCUGAUGUCAAUUCAUGUUCUAAGAAUUUUACUGUCCUCUAUUUUCUAAACCUUUGCUUUCAAAACUAAUUGAUCCGUUUGUAUCAUUUGCAUAAAGCAGUCACCAGUGCAAGUAUCGUUUCCUCGUUUCUAAUUUACUGCCCUCAGAACUUUCACUCCUCUGGUGUCUAAUACCGUGUACACUCCGGCGACCACAUCGGUUACUGGUAUCUAAAAUAAUUUCUCCAGCUUUCAGCGCUAGUUUCACAUAGCAUUCCAGUUUUCAGGGUAGCUGGAAGAUGCAGCGAGAUUCAGAACUCUUUCUCUUCCAGCCCUCUCAGCGGGGAACUGUGACAGCAUCGAUACAGAUUUGAUGUAUCGUAUUUUAAUCCAAUCCCUCGGUAGGAAUGGGUUGGGAUAUGCUUUCAUUAUAUGUGGUCUCUUCCCCAGUAAAAUGAAAAAAAAGUCUCAUGUAACUUCUAGUAAUGUCGCCCCUCUGGAAGGCGUUCGAGCGAACGUGUGUCUCUCAUAUUUCGCUCUUCUGAGAUAGAAAUCGAGGUUCAAUCUGAUGUUAAUCUCUGCCGUCUUGCAUCUUCAGCAGUGAAACCUGAUUAGCUCCGAUGUGAGUGUCAGAAAAUUGGGGCUGCAGAGUGACUGGCUCUGAGGGCGCCACCUCUCCUACCCUCGGACGGCUUGGAGCUGAUGGCAGUUUUCUUCCGGCUACCAGCUGAGCUGUGCUACCUGCCGCCGCCGCCGCCGCUGCUAACCGGGCUGAGGCGGGCAUCCUGGCUGUGAAGAGGCAGGAGGGACAGGCUGCCGACUCGCUGUCGGGGAGGCGGCCCUGGCGUCGGAUGUUUGCUCUCCCCUCCCUGCCCCUUCCCCCGGCUCUGGGUCCAGGAGAGGAGAUCACGUCGGGAUGUCUUACGCACCGCCAAUAUCCCACCGGGCCAAUCAGAGGCGGGCCCGGAGGCCCACGUGACGGUGCCGGUGUGCGGGCCGCUCCAAUCAAAGGCGAGGAAAUGCCCGAGAAAAAGCCGGCGCGCGCCCGGGCGGCUCAUCAAUAACAAGUUUCCGAGCGCGAGGGGACACACAGAGACAGACACAGAGGCAGAGAGCGCGAGCUCCCAACCGUCAACCGGCUGCGAGAGCGCGAGCGCCCAGCCCAGCCCAGCCCGAGACUCACUGACAACCACAGAGAGCGCGAGAGAGAGGGAGAAGGCUACAGCCGCGGAGGAGCCGUCGCCGCAACCAUCACCGCCGCCGGGCACACAUGUGGCGGUGCUGCUCGCUGCGUCCAGGAUGCGUGAUGUGCCCUGUGUAAGAUGGUGGGGUCGGAGAGCCUGGGAUUGAGCCGAGCUCCCGCGAUCCGCCGCCGCCUGUCGACAUGGUGGAGUCCCACCCGCCAGGCUGGCCACCUCUUCACCCGGACCACCGCGCGGGCUUGCUGCUGGCGAUGCUGACCCUGUCCACGCUCCCCGUCCAGCUGUGUGCUUACCCCACCUCCCUGAGCGACUGUCAGACCCCCACCGGCUGGAACUGCUCGGGUUUUGAUGACCGAGAACACGACUUGUUUCUUUGCGACAUUAAUGCGUGUCAGUUUGGUGGGGAGUGUUUGCGGAUCGGAGAGACGAUAACCUGCGACUGCCAGCUCAAGUGCAGCACUGACUAUGUGCCAGUGUGCGGCUCCAAUGGCUAUACCUACCAGAACGAGUGUUACCUGCGACAGGCUGCGUGCAAACAGCAAAGUGAAAUAAAGGUGCUGGGUGAAGGAUCUUGUCCCAACGAUAUGGGAUCAGGUUCUGGAGAUGGAGGAAACGAAGGUUCUGGAGAAACUAUUCUGAAGAAAACCUCAUCAUGCGAUAUCUGCCAAUUUGGAGCAGAAUGUGACGAAGAUGCAGAAGAUGUUUGGUGUGUGUGCAACAUUGACUGUUCCCGCAUCAGUUUCAACCCUGUAUGUGCUUCUGAUGGUAAAUCCUAUGAUAAUCCUUGUCAGGUUAAAGAGGCAUCUUGCCAGAAUCAGGAAUUCAUUGAAGUCACUCAUUUGGGAAGAUGUCCAGACAAUGCAACCACAGGUACGAAAACUGAAGAUGGGCUUUAUGCAAGGACUGAUUACACAGAAAAAAAUGCCAAUAAAUUAGAAAAACCUGCCCGAGGACUCUUUAUCCCAUGUCCCAAUCACUUGGAUAAUCUUUGUUUACAUGGAAAAUGUGAAUACUUGAUUAAUAAACAGGAACCAUCUUGCAGCUGUGAAACAGGUUUUAAAGGACCACGCUGCGAACAAAAAGAGUUUAAUGUUUUGUAUGUCGUUCCUGGAGCUGGAAAACUUCAGUAUGUCUUAAUAGCAUCCAUCAUUGGAGCUGUGCAGGUGGCCAUCAUUUUGAUUGUAGUUCUUUGCAUAACAAGAAAAUGUCCCCGGGGCAACAGAAUUCAAAGACAGAAGCAAAAUGCAACACAUUACAGUUCCGACAACACAACAAGAGCAUCAACAAGAUUAAUUUAAAAAAAAGCAUGAUUGUACAGCUGCAAAAAUAAUUACACAGUUUGGACUAUUAUCAUACAAAAUGGAACAACACAUGUUGCCUUGCAUUUGUGGUAUACUACACCAAUGAAUACAUAUACUACAGUUAUAUUUGAUUAUGUCUGAAUAUAUUUCAAAUAGUAUAUAGUGUCUUGAUGUGUUUUUCUGUAAUAAAAAUAAAUGGUUAACGAUUUAUAUCACAAUAUUGAUUUAAUUUGCACAUGAAGUACUAUAAAGCUGGACUAAUGGAAAAUAAAUACUUCUGUGAUGUUUCUGAAUUUUUUAAAGAUGAAAAUGUGCUUUGAAUUUUUUUUAAGAAGCAAGUAAUUUGUAUGCUCAGUCAGAUAUUACCUAUGUUAAGUAGAGAAAAUAAGAUUCUAUACUGUUAAUUAAAAAUUAAUUUUGGGAAGCUAUGAGUUAACCAGAGGUUUAUCAUAUUUUUUUUUACUCACUUGUUACGAAGGCCAGUGAGUAUUAAAAAGAUCCAUACAUUUAUAAGGGCAAUGCUAUUUAUCUGAAUUCAGUAGUAUUGUAUACAUGACAGUGUAACACACCAUAACAAAAGGAUCAGUCAACAAGGCUGUCUCAAUUUAAACAGAUAAAUUAUGAUCAGUGUAAUUAGUGAAGUAUCCUAUUUUAUAUUGUGUGUGCUUUUGCACUAGGCUAACUCAAAAUGCACCGUUUACAUAAACAGAAGAACGUACAUUUUACGCAACUUUUACCAAUUGGUUACAGGUCACCCUUUGUCAAAAACAAUGAUUAAAUGUGUUGCAUUGACCAAAGUGGUAGUAACUAGAGGAUCACACAUGUACUUUUUGAUAAUGACAAAGAAUAGUUAGGGCAUUGUUUUGCUCUGUUAUGGAUCCUCAUUUGAAAUAUACAUUUCCAGUGCUAACGUUUCAUAAUAAUAUGACAAAAAUAAAAAUAUUACUUCACAAA